CUGAAACUUAUACAUUUGUGGAGUAAUAGUUUGACCUAUUGUGUCUAACGUGUAUGCAAUCACUUACUCAUAACAGAUCAGAGUGACACGAAUUGAUAGAUUUAUGAUGCCUUUAUGCUGCAUUGGUCUUCUCAUGUGAAACUAUUGAGUCUUAUAACUUGUAGUCUAACUGGCCAGAUACCUAAUUGUGUAUUGUGUAUAUAUGUGUAUAAUUGUAUAAUAUAAUGCAAUUGUGUAUAUACUUGAACAUCUUGGUCAUUGGCAGUCACCAAACCUUUCAGCGUCAAUGUGUCUUUUACUCUUAGGCAUGUUUAUACUCUAUGGCUUUGAUCUAAAUUCAAUGAUUGUUUGUAGCUCGUAGUUUAGUCACAUACUUGCCACGAGUCUGUAGGGUGACAGACUUGAGACUCAUGUUUCAGAGAAAGGAUGAUUGUAUUGUCUAUGAGCUUGACAAAGUGUUAAAUAGGUGGCAGGUAAGAUGGAACAAGGAGGUGCUAAUAGAUGUUACACCAGCGGUCUACUAGAUAUGUAGAGGCCUGUGGAGGAAGGCAGGGAAAUGAUCACGUGAAGUCAAUCUUUGUGUGACUCAUUAUUGACGAUUAUGGUGCUGCAUUGUGUUACUUUGUUUCUUGCUGUCUACAUCCACACUUCAACAUGGUUAUGUGUAUUUGGAGAAAGAGUAGAUGUUCGUCAUGCUGAGCUCUUUAGUGUUUCAUAUUCAGCAGAUGAGACUGUGAAAAUUGUUACAUACAAUUAUUCUUCCACUCAGAAGGAUGUUUAUAUCCUUUAUUCGCGUGGAUCUUCUCUAUCAGAUUUGCAUCUUCCGAUAGGCACGAAAGUGAAAUAUAUUGAGAUUCCAAUCCGUUCAGCAGCUGUUAUGGACACGACAUCUCUUGCUUUUUUUGAGGUGCUGGGUGCAGCAGACAAGGUUGCAGCUUAUGUACCGGGCAACGCCAAUGCUACAGAAAGUAGUCUGGCAGCUGCAGUACUUACGUCUCCCUGCUGGCAGCUGAGGAAUCAGAAAGGCCAGAUGGAUGAUUUUGAUCAUGCUCAAGACAAUCCUGCCACGUUUGAUGUUUUCUUUGUUCGACUGUGGAAUUCUCCCGAGGAGUUUGGAAAUAAUUCUGUUCUGGUUGGCUCUAUAGCAGAGUCAACACCACUCAAACGCAGCGAAUGGAUCAAAUUCUUUGCUCUUUUUCUGGGUAAAGAAGCUGAAGCAAAUCGAUUGUUUUCUGAAAUCGAAGAGAGAUACAAUUGCCUCAAAAGAAUUGCUCUUAAAGCAAAAUCAAUGCAACCUGCUUACCAAAAGAAUAUCGUCUGGUUUGAUCAAUUUGGGUUGGACUUUUAUCCGACUUCGUCAAAGUAUCUGCUUGCUUUCAUAGAAGAUGCCGGAGGGCAUUAUCAGCCAAACUGUACAAAUAGUUGUGGUCGUGUUCAUUCCAAUAGGCUUGCAGAAAUGCUCAAAUACGCAGAUGUUGUUGUUACAACUGGAAUAGAGAGCAGGACAGUUGAUAGAUUUUUUAGUUCUCUUGUAAAAUCUGGCAUUUCUCAUCAGUUGUUACGCAAUCUGUUGGCUGCUGGCAGUCCUGCAAUGACAUCUCAAGCCAUUUAUAAUGUAGACAAACGUCUCGGAGUUGGAGGAGGUAUCGACUGGAUGGAAGCAGCAAUAAUCGAGCCAGACGUUGUGCUGCUGGAUUUGAUCAAAAUAUUAUAUCCUGAUUUUCUCCAGUACUGUCAUCACUCUAUGAGUCAAUACCAAACAACUUUUCUGAGAAACAUAGUCAGGGAUAAGACUACCACGUUCUUGUCUGAACACUGCAACAGUUCUAACGUUCGGCCGUUGUUGGGAUCGUCAUUGCAGCCAUGUCAAUGCUCUGGCUGCAACAAAAGAUUUGUGUCACUGGGAUUUGUGAAACAAAGAAGGUGUACAAGCAUUCGGAAAAUACGAACAGCUGUGUGCAUUGGCAGUUGUACAAGCAACAGUUCACCAGCUCGUUGCGAGCCAGGAGACCACUUGAAACGAUAUGUCAAGGCUACAUGUAGACACAGUAUAAACUCAGUAAGAAAACGCAUUGGAUGGGUUGGAUUUGAUUUUGUUAAAACUUGCAACUGUAUUGGUGAAAGCGUGUGAUGAAGCAUCGAGAGACAGUGGAGAUUUUUUCAGCCUGGAGAGUGAUAUGUAGGCUGACCGUGGAUGUUAGACAGACGACGAGUCUAGUAUUAUCUGACUACUAGAUGAGCUGAGCUGUAGCACUGCUCAGUCACCAUGUUUUAGUAUCUAUGUUGUUAUACACAUUGAACUUUGUGUUCGAUACUCUCUUGUGUAUACAUGUAGGACGAAAAAGUUUCAUUCCAUUAGCAGCAAGUAGGCAGAUGCACUAAGAAAGAAUCGAGUGAUCACAUGGUGCAGGUGGUCUUCCUGUGUGGAGCCACAUGUUGGUGUGGCAUUUGAUUGAGUGCCUCGAGCCAACGUGAAUGUAGACUCCAGAUUUGUUGAUAAUAUGGACUCCAGGUUC